AUUUCUGAUGCAGCAAGAGGAAGAACAGUAUUCGUGUUUAGAGGAGUUCUUUAUUGACAGUUGCAGAUUUGGGUAAGCAUUUAGUACAUAGUUAGAGAUUAUGAAGAUGCAAUUGGUUGCUUUGAAGAUAAUGUAGAUUUGUUUUGGAUUGACAUUAAUUAAAAUAAUUGCAUUCGUAUAUUUAUUAGCAUUCAAACUAGAUAUGGUAUCGGCUAACGGUCAUUUAUCUAUUCUUGUAGAAAUUAUCUAGUAUUCAAAAAAAACAAAUAUUGAUCUACAUAAACUCAUUAAUCACCAAAAUCAAUAUGGCUGUACUCCUCUACGUAAAUAUUCUAAUUUUAUCCAGAUUGGGCUGUAUUCAAUAAUUAAUUAGCUAUUAUACCAGUCUUAUUAUAGAAUGGAGCAGAUAUUUCAAUAAAAAACUUAAACGGAUUAACAUGCAUAGAUGAAGCUGUCUCGCUUGAUAAAACAGAAGUUGUAGUAAGGCAUUCUAUUAUUCUCAGGAAUUGCUAUCAAAAAAUAUAUCUUUAACCGAAGACUAAUAAUAGACCUUUAAUGAAGCUACUGAUAUAUUAGAAUAGGAAGAUGAAGAUUAAGUUGAAUGA